UUAGGUUCCAAAUGGGGGUCUUGGGCGAGUGGGCUUCAAGGCUAGGUUUAGCCUUUAAGCUCGAGACAUUGAAGGCUCCAUAUAUACAUCAAAGGUCCAAUCGAAUCUGCCGCUCUCUCUCUAGCUCUCUGUAAAGUGUCUCCCUCUCUCGCUUCUCAGAGACGCACAGAGCGAAAAUGGCGGAAAACAACAGCAAGGAGCUGUUGCAGUUGGAGACCAACUCCGCCGGCGUCCCCUCGUGUUUAGAAUCGAAGCUCUUCCUUUGCAAGAAAGACCAACCCUUUUCUGUGCCUGGAGCCCCGCUUGAGAGGCCCGCAAUGUUUCCUCUUCCCAAGAGUCAAGUUCUGGGAAAAGUAAAGGACUUUUUAGGUGUUAUAUCAGAAUCAAACAAAAAACUCCUGCAGGAAGCAAAGGACAAUCCUGAGAAUUAUGACAUUGAAGUGCUAAGUGGGAAAGAAUCCGAAGUCAUUGAAAUGGAUUUGAUGCUGGGAGUUGCCGAUCUUCAUACCCCAGAGGCCGUUGCUGCUGCAGAGUCUGCAAUAGCCGGUUAUCAACCAACAAUGCCAUUGUCAGAAAGCAGCAGCGGGUCAGAAAAUGAAGAUAGCAGCAAUGAUGAUGAUGAUGAUAACAAUGAAGAUAACAUCAGUGAACAAGAUAAUAAUGCUGCCUCAGAUUGUGUGAAGUUUGUGUCCAAGAAUGCUAAAACAGAUUCUUCAUGCGAGACAUUGAAGAAACGGAAACCGAAAAAGCGAACCAAAAUCAUUGAGCUCUCUUAAUCUUCAUGAAUUAAGAGGGAUUCAGGUGGCUGCUCAUAAUUUUUGCCCUUCUUUUCUCCCCUCCAAGUGUGAUCCAAUUGAGUAAAAGUUGCUCAAUUUUGUCAGAAAAUCUUGAGUUUGUUAUGAUGCUUCAAACUCUGUAAUAUGUUGUAGAUUCUAAAGAACAUUUAUUUAAAUCAGUUCAUGUCAAAUUGGGGCGGAAGUUGUAAUGUCAUUGGUUUUUGUAAAUUAGGUAAUGCCACAUUCCAUUAGUCUUAUUCUGGACACCACAUGCUUGUGGCAUUGUCCUACAGGAUGAUGAUAAUGUCGGUACGUACUAUUUACUAACACAUAUCUUUGGUUUUUAUUGUAC